CCUGAAGAGAAUUUGCCCUUUGAGGAGAAUCUAAUUCGAAAUCCGUUCAAUGUCAAAGCAUGGCUUCGGUAUAUCCAGUUUCAGAAGACUAGUCCGCCUCAAGUUCUUUACCUUACCUACGAAAGAGCUCUGAAGCAACUUCCCGGAAGCUACAAACUUUGGUAUAAUUAUCUCAAAUUGCGUCGGCAACAUGCGCGGCGACUUUGUCCUGGUUCUUUAGUGUACGAAGAAACGAACAAUGCACACGAACGUGCCCUCGUUACUAUGCAUAAAAUGCCCCGCAUCUGGACUGACUUCCUUCUUUUUCUAAUGCACCAAGGAUACGUAACGCUGGCUCGAAGAACUUUCGAUCGUGCUUUAAAAGCUCUUCCUGUAACACAGCAUGAACGAGUCUGGCGGAUCUAUCUCAAAUUUGCUGACAAGCAUGGAAAUCAUAUUAAAGAAACCUGCACCAGGAUCUAUCGUCGAUAUAUUAAAUACGCCCCAGAUGAUGUGGAACGAUUUAUCAAUUUCCUAAUCCGCAACGAGAACGUGAACGAGGCCGCAGUAUUACUAGCGGAGGCUAUAAACGAUGAAAACUUCAUCAGUAGAGAAGGACGAUCGAAAUUUCAACUGUGGCAGACCUUAUGUGAAUUGCUGGUUAAGAAUCCCGCAAAAAUAACUUCCCUUAACGCCGAUGCCAUCAUUAGACAGGGAAUUGGACGUUACACUGAUCAGGUCGGCAUACUAUGGACAUCUCUUGCUGACUAUUACAUUCGCAGUGGUAAUCUCCCACGCGCGUGUGAUGUGUAUACUGAAGCCAUAAACACAGUCGUCACUGUCCGCGAUUUCAGUCAAACAUUUGACGCUUAUGCGGAGUUUCAGGAGUCAAUAGCAAAAGCACGCAUGGAAGCGCUUGAGAAGUCUGGCGAGGUCUCCGAAAAAGACGAACUGGAGGUGGAGCUAGCCCUAGCUAGCCUGGAGUCUCUGAUGGAGAAACGACCCUUGCUACUGAACAGUGUCCUGCUUCGACAGAAUCCCCACAAUGUGAGUGAUUGGCUGCAGCGUGUGGAGUUGCUGGAGUCGAAGGGUCCCCGGAAACAGAUCGAGGCCUUCAUGGAUGGCAUCAGUUCUGUUGAUCCAGGUAGGCCUUCCUGUUCUAUAUGA